GGAACGAUGAGACUGCAUGAAGACAGUUCUACUAGCAAGAUGCCCUGUUGGAUCAAGAUAUAUUAUCUUUGCCAGUUGUACCUUGCACAGUUAGAAGUUGUCAACCAUAUCUCUAAGUAAUUUCUGUAGCGUUGGUAACAUUGUUCUAAGAUGUCUAACUCGAAGGAAUGAUUUGUGUUGCUGAAUUGUUAUGUUAAGUGACGAAAUUGAUCUUGUAUAUUGCUAACAAUAAUUUUAAGCAAGAUCGCUCGUUAUAAAUAGUAUUAUUGUACAUAUUUUGAUAUUCGUGUUACUUUCAUGAAGAGCAGGCUUUAUAUUUUGAGCUUAAAAAAUGGUGAAACUCUAUGCUUUGAGCGUGUUGUACAAGGGCACAAAUAAUGCCAUUUGGCUUAAAUCCGCAUAUGAUCUAUCGGCCUUUGGUUUUUUCCAAAGAGGCAGUGUUCAAGAAUUCAUGGCAUUUGUUAGUAAAACAAUUGUAGAAAGAACGCAGACUGCUGCAAGACAGUCAGUAAAAGAAGGAGAAUAUAUGUGUCAUGUGUAUGUUCGAGGAGAUAAUUUAGGUGGAGUUUUGAUAUCAGACCAUGAUUAUCCCCAUCGUGUUUCUCACACAUUGAUCACUAAGGUUCUUGAUGAUUUUGCAUUAAGUGUGCCUGCAGCAUUAUGGCCAGUUGGUUCUGAAGCGACAAUAUCAUUCCCUCAGUUGUACACAUACCUUGCUAAGUACCAGAAUCCUAGAGAAGCUGAUGCUAUGACAAAAAUACAAGAAGAACUUGAUGAAACAAAGAUAAUAUUGCACAACACAAUAGAAGCAGUUUUAGAGCGUGGAGAGAAAUUGGAUGAUUUGGUAGCCAAGUCAGAAGGGUUAAGCAUGCAGUCUAAGGCCUUCUAUAAAACAGCUCGUAAAACAAAUUCAUGUUGCACAUUUGGAUAAAGUAACCCUUCUGAGACAUGAGACUUAUUGAUGCCAUCAACCAGGAUGACACUGGAAAGCAGGAACUUAAGAUGCAACUGAAGAAGAUGCCCAUUAUUCACUCUUCUUCAGUUGUUGCUACAUUAUCUUCCUGCUUAAGAAGCAACUGGUUUUUUUAUGCAAAUGUGUAUACUGGUUGAAAGGGGUGAGGUACAUUGUUCCCCAUUCUGAUGCUUCUGUAUACAAUAACAUUCCAUUAGGUAAACCUAGGAAUCCGCAUAUUUAUUUGUGUAACAGAAACAGAUAAUGUUUUCCCUGAAAGAAGGCAGUAGAUGCUGGACAUUGAGAUAUUUCUGGGCAAUAACAUUUAAUUUUAUGUGUUAAUUUUAUAUGCUGAGCACAGCAUUUUUAAAGUAAUAGCUGUACUCUACACUAACCAUAAAAAACGAUCUGGAUGUCCAGGUAGAACUCACAAAGGCUACUUUCCUACUGACUUCUAGUCCUUCAAACUUCAUGUUUGUUAUGGUUAGGUAAUUGUAAAUUUUAAAUCUAACAAUAACAUUAAGCAUUUUUCAUGCUUUAUUAUGCUGUGGUUGUAAGCAGAUUGUCAUGGAUUGAACCAUACUUCAGUCAGUCUGUUUUAGGCAUGUCACAACUAAAAGUUGCAGAAAUGUGCCUAUUAAGCUUCAUCAUGUCUAUCCACAUGUAACUUGAGAAUUGCUGAACUUAUUUCAAUGAAGUUUGUUUCAUAUUCAUAGGUUUUACUAAUAUCUGUUACCACAUUCCAAUUUUGGUUAACAUUAUACAUCGGUGAUCAGAAAAUGUGUUUCUGUACAUGGAAGUGUUAGUGGGGAAUUUCCAUCCAACCUUUCAAUCAAUGGGGAAUCUUCCAUUUCUAUCACCCAGCCAUAUAGGUCACAUGUAGAUCAUUGACCUCAGACAACUCUGAUAUAACUCACCCUAUUUACAAAGGUAAAAUUAUGGUAAAUGAAUAGAAUUGUUUCCCUAUUCAUAUAUUUCUAUACUUGCUUUUUAUUGCUUUAUUUAUGAAUACAUUAUAGAAUAUUAGCAAUUCUGCCACCUCCUUUUUGGGAGAACAUAUUACUUGAGUGCUGAUUAUGAUUAUGUUAAAUCUGUCAGAAGUAAUCUCAAAGGCUAUUACCAUCUUGUGUUUCUCAUUGUCACUUACAAAAAAUAUUUCAUAAUCUGCCUUUAUAUAAUAUUUCAUAUUCCUGAAUUCAACAGUUUAUCAGUUAGUUAAUCGGUUAUAACUGUCAGUUCUAAAUCCAAACUAAACUAAAGUAUUCCCAUGGUGUUGUUUUACAUUCUGCUAAAAUUGUCUUAACAAAACUUGCAUAUUUUUCAAAAAUGUAUUACCACAUAUAAUUUCACGGCCCUACAUUAAGUGACUGUGAUGUUGCUUUUACCCCACAAGUAUGUAUGCCCAUCAUACCAUCAUCAUUAUAAUUAUCAGUACUACUAUUAUUAUUAUUGUUGUUGUGAAUCAAUUGGUUGGUCCACAAACAGCCAAAAACGUUGGGCUUUUGGCCAUCAUAACUUGACUGCUUGCUGACCAUGUGAAACUGUAGCCACAGCUCAAACCACAAGAUGGGCGGCUACAGUGAGUUGGGAUCGUGCGUACACAGUAAUUGGAGUGACCCAAGAAACACAGCCUUUUGCAUGCGGCUAAGUAAUGCUUCAGCGUUACUCUGGCAUGCCGGAAUAAGCUUAAUGUUAGCCAGCAGUGAUGGCUUGACUCCUCCAAGAACUCUGAUUAUGAGGACUACUAAUUUGACAUUAAGUCCGGGAUACAACUGUCUUAGCUCAAACAUGAGAUCUUUAUACUUGGUUCGUUUGUUAGUCUCCUUCACAGCUAUGUUUGUUUCAGCCAGGGGGCUGAAAACUCAAUGACAUACAUAGUGCGUUCAGAGACAUCGAUGAGAAUGAUAUCAGGCUUGGUAGCUGUUAACUGCCUGGUAGUGGGGAAUGAAUAGUUCCAAUAAAUUAUUGUUAUUGAUUAUAGGAAAUUAAAAUGUAUGAGGUUGAGGUGACAUCUCUUGGCAUACUACAGUUUGUGAAAAUUAGUCUGUUUGUUUAAAUGUUUAUCUGGGGAACAGACAACAUGGUGAUCUCAUAAGCCUGCUUCUUUUCCCACAAGAAAGGAAUGUUUUGCAGCUUUAUGCAAAUAAAUUCACCCCAUUCUUUACAAUGCUGCCAGAAUUGUAUGGCUGUUACAAAUUAUUGUUCACUCCAGUUAUUUACUGUAAUGAUUACUUUAAUGCCAUAAUCAAGGUUUUUAAAGACAGAGUGCUGAGAUAAAACUUGUGAAUGGAGAGGAGUUAUGCGGUUUGUACUCAUAACCUGCUGCUGUUAUGGUGUAUUGAGUGAGAUGAAAGGAUGAUUAUAUGAGGGUCUUUCAAAUGAAUUUUGAUUGGGGAUUCUUCUGGCAAAAGGAGUAUGUGCCUUUAAAAACAGUCCCCACAGGUGCUGAGUGACAUACCAGAUGGAUCUCCUCUGAAAAGAACUACCUGGGCUGCUGGAACCACUGCACCAUCAUAACAAGAUAUUUUCAUCCACCCUGAAUCUGUGGUCUUGUAGCACUCUCUUGAGGGGGUGAAACAAAUGGAAGUCACAGAAUGAUUGGUUAUUGCUGUAUGGGAUAUGGCCCAUCACCUUCAAGCACACUGGGUGCAUCAUAUCCUGGACAGUGCAGGGGCACAUGAUGAAACCCCUUGUGAGGAUGCUUUCUCUUCAUGGUGCUGCAAAGUCUGUGGAGGAUUCCACAAUACCAUUGUACAUGAAUGGUUAUAACCCUCUGUACUAAAUAACUGAAUGAGAGCUCAUUGAUCUUGUUUGUACAGUUGUGCACUUGAAAUGCCAGCAUUUAAUCAUGUUGCACUAUUCCUGUUACCUCUAGUGCACCUGUUCUGUUAUACAGUUUGUGGUUGACGGUGAAAUGUAUGCAAACAUGUGAUUGCCUGUGGCUGGUUGUAUUCAUUAACAUCUCUGCAUGUGGGUUUCAUUUGAACCAUUCUUAUUUAUAUCUAAGUUUGUAGUAUUUUCCUGUACUUCUUAUUUCUAAAACAUUUGUAGAAUUUAUUAUGUUAUAAGCUGUCUCUUCAUUAACCAUAACCAUUUUCUGAUGGAAAAUUGUUUUAACAAAUCCAUCCUCAGAAUUUUAUUGGUAGCUUGAUGUGUGAAAAUAUUACAAUUCCUUGUUUAUGAUGUUGCAUAUUUUUAGAAGCAAAAAGACUCCACUUAAAAUGAUAAAAUAGAUAAGGUUUUAACAAAUUCAGACCUAUCUUUUAUAUUAUGUUGGGCUAUAUACUUUAUAUUAGUUUGUAAAAAUUCCUUCUAUAAUGCCAAACUCCAUCGAUUACCUUUAUCUCAGUUUUAGUACUUUCCUUCAUUCUGUAACUGUACCUACCAAAUCAUAUAAGCUACUGUGAAUUUGCUUUAAAAAAGAACUUUUGAUUGAUGUGCUGCAGGUUUCUCCUGAGUUUUAGUACAAAUUAAUAUGUGACGGUGGCAACUUAUGGGUGGAGCACAUCAUGUAAUAUGUGCCAGGUUCAGUACUUUGUGUUCCUCCAGUCUUGUGGCUGAAUGAGUUAUGCUGUUUUUAUAUUUGUAACCUGGAUGUGGUUGUAUAAUGUAAAAGAAGUGUUGUCUAAGUGUAGACAACGUUUGUGUGUGUAAUAAAUUUUACAAAAUAGAAUGACAUUUUUAAAGCGAUUCAGUUGUAAAUAGUUACAUGACUGUUGUAUUAAGGUAACAGAAUUUGUGUAAAUUUGAAGCUAAAUAUUUAUAUUAACAUUUUCAGUUAUUUUCAAUUAUUGAAUGCCAAAGGAAAGCAAUUUUAUUUGUGUAUUUGUGAAGUAUGUUAUUACCUUUGUGAAUUGUAAGAUAUUUUAAACUCAGAAUCAUAUACAUAAUAAAGCUGAAAUGUUUCAAACUUUUAUGUAGGUACUCAACAUUUUUGCUGUUGCUGCUACAACUAGUACUUCCACCACUAUUGUUAUUACAGCCAUUACAACUGUCACUUAAGUUAAUAAAAAUUUGGAAGUGAUGUGUGUGAACAUUUUAAGAUCAGAGACAGGAAUUAAAUUACAUUACAUUUCAUGCCUCAGUUCUUAAGAAAUAUUGUAGGUAACAAUAUGAUGACAGGCAGUGCUGUCCUCUCAACUAUUGGCAUGCAACUAGUGUGGCAACCCACAUUAUCAGUAAUGCAAGUGAUGUUCAAGUGUACAGACCUGAAGACAGUGAAGAAGUUCUGUAUGUUGAGAAAAGUUAAUAAGGGCAUGCCAUGUGAUGACUGAGUUGUGAUUCUUUUCUUGUACUUUGAAGGAUCUAUGGAUUGUAUAUAAAUUUUAUUCUGUUCUAGAAUUCAUAGAAAUAUGUCACAUCAGUAAAAUUUCAGGAACAAG